AUGCCCGACUCCUCACGUACCACGCUGGGCGAUAUCGAGGAUAUCGAUAGUGGUGAGCUCAAGGAUCAAUUGAAACGAUGGAUCGAAGAAGAGGGCAUCGAGACAAACAUUCAGUUGCAGAUGAAGAAAAAUUUAAUCGACAAAAUGAGUCGCACCAAACUUGGACGCAAAAUCGCUCUGAAACUACAAACGCAGCAUGGUAUCGUGCUCUCGCCGCUGGUCCUCGUACUGAACACACUAGUGGCGGAGUUUUUGUACACCCAAAACUGCCACUUUUCGCUGUCCAUCUUCACCAACGAGAUACCCUUCAAAAACACGUUGCCCGACUUUACCCGCUCCGCCAGGUUUCGACUCGAUCGAACGGAGCUGGGUGAAAUAUUUGAGGCCCUCGGAAUCGAUCACUACGCCGGGCUAAUGGCGAAGUAUGAAAAAAUGGGCUCACACCAAAACAGUCAAUCGUUACUGUAUAUCGUUUUUAAAUCGAUCCUGAACUCGGUCAAGGUACAAGAAACUAAAUUACGCCGUCUACGGCGUGUGGAGCAACAGAAAACGAAUGCCCGCACACUGCUGAAGCGAUUCGAGAUUAAAAAGCUACAUUGCAACGUUGAAAAGCUGUUGCACCGCGUGAAACUCGUCGGAAAGGGUAUCACCCAACUCGAGCAAAGCCAUCGAAACGCAGAAGCAGACCCAACGAAUCCAACCGGAAUCCCGCCAGCACCAAAUGGUGGUGCAACUAGCAAACGAGAAGAGGAAACUCUUUCGCUGCAGGUGUGUUCGGAAAAUGUGUCCCGUUUGGUCGUUCGGUUGGAGUCAUGUACGAAAAUGUUUGAGCAGUUGCUAUCAUCACUCAAAAUGGGUUCGAAACAUGAUGUGCAGUCAGCGAAAUCUCCUGAAACAGCUGCAGAUACUCCGUGUAGCUGUCGAGGAUCGAAGAAGACUUAUACAGAUUUCUUACAAGAAUUAAAAUCAACGGAACAUGGCAGACGAUAUGUGGCUAAACUUCAGAAACAAGUAAUGAAGCUGCUGGACCAGGAAAAGAAACAGUUGCAAGAACGCUACGCUAAGAAGCUGCAGGUACUCGAGCGGGCACAUAAGGACGAGGUGGAGCAAAUACUUUCGCGACCAAUUCAGCAAGAACAAAUCCCUCCAAAACGGGAAGGUGCAAUGGCCAACCUAGAAACUAAUAUUGAAGACGUAAGUCAUCAUUUUAUGAAAAAAAUUGAUGAAAAACUGGAUCAACUACAUCAGCACGAGCGCAACGUCGACAGUAAACUCGUGAUGCUUAGAAGUGAUCUGCAGAGACACGAGCAGCACCAAAGUCGCUACUUCGAGUCACUGAAGGCGGCAAAAACUAGGGAAGGAAAACUGCAGGUUCUCCAGAACGUUGAGCGUGAGCUUUUGGCCACCUUUGAGGACGAAACGAACGCCAUUAUCCAGAAUGCAAAAACCACAAUCGAACAACUGGAGAAGGAAAGCGACAAAAUCAACCACUCCUUUCAGCGAUAUCUGCAAAAACAGCGUGAAGACAAGCGUCGGUUGAUUGAGGAGAAGGUGCAGAUUUGGACGAAAUACAACAACGAAAAACUGGAACUUAAUCAGCGCGAACUGUUGAAUGAAGGGGUCUGCGAAGAGGAACCGCCGUUAGACAUACCCCUGUCUGCUGCAACUGUAAUGGAGGGGCAAAUACCAGUACAACUCCCAGAAAAACCUACUUCCGCUGCGUCCACUGCUCGCUCAUCACACUUUGAGAAUCCAUUCAAAUCUUUCGACCCUCUGCGCUACCUCAGACAAUCGCGUCCGAUCGAGCAUCGAAUGGUUGAUGUCGCUAUCGGCACAACCGUCGACACAGGGCAGCAAACGUCUGGGGAAGACCGACAACCCAAGGAUUCUAUUCCGAUUCCCACUGACCAGCCGCCAGAAGUGCCACGUGCGAACGAAGGCACAUGCCUCAGUGAGGCACUGGCCAAGGACACACGAAAUUUACGACAAAGCAUUGAAGAAAAUCUGCAAAAGCUCGAUGAAAUGAGUCGAAUUGUUGCGAAGUCUGAUACGUCCUCAUCCAAACCGAAUGGAUCCAAGAGAACUUACGACAUUCAACGACCGGCACAUCCCCUCCCAACGGUAGAACCAUCCUCUAAUCGCAGCUUAGAUGACUGUUCCAGCAUCGAAAUGGGAUUAUCAGAAGGCGAGGUAGUUCACCUGCAAGGUCCCCCAGAGCAAAAUAAUCUCCGACGCCAUAGCAGCUCACCAAAGCUGGACACCACGCGAGAUAUUUUGGAUUACACAACACAAAACAAUCUGAACGAAUGUGCUGCCGGGAGACCUCAACUGAAUGGGAAAGCAAGGCAACCAAUACCAAUUAGUACGGCCAGUUUGAGUGAUCUGUCUAUCAGUACCAUCAGCAAGCUAUCGUGUGAAAAGAGUCAAAGCCUCGAUGGUGAGCUCGAUCGCAUCUCUACCGGGGUCCGUUCCCAUGAUUCGGAAGCCAGUUGGUCUUGAAAA